AUGAGCAGAAAGGACUUCAUGAUAAAUAAUCAAGAGAUAAGCAUAUGCGAAGAAAAAGAUAUUGACGGGUUAAUUAUGUUCACAAUUGGAAAUAAUAUAGAAUUCUCAACAAUUACAAGUCUAUUUCAAGCUUUAUUUGUAAUUGAUCAUGCGGCUGAUUAUUUCUUGGGAUUAAAUUGCGACGAACAAACACUAGAAGAUAAAAUUAAGGCAACUAUAAUUUAGAGCUUAUUGUAUAAAUAUAAGUAUCCCAGCAAGAUUCCAGGUCCACUCCUGCUCGAUUCAUUAUGUGCAUUUAUCCCAAAAGAUCUUACCCGCUUUGGUGCAUCUCCAAUUCUUAAUCUAAAUAUUACAAACAGGCUUUCACCUAAUUUUUAAACAACCACCGAGAGGAUCUCCGUAACGGAGAUUCAACCACUUUGCGACUGUGCCUCCCACAAAGGACGGCUUCCCUUUCGGCACCAUUCUUGAGUGGGCAGUCUUCGGAUUUGUGCGGCCUUGCUUUACGCUGAUGUGUAAGAGGGCAAGGAUUGCCCACACAAAAAUCAAAAAAAUUGGAUUAUUCUGGUUGACUCUUGGCGAAAAGGGAAAGCACGUAGCCCAGUGCAUAACUCUUGGUUUCACGCUGAUGUAUUGCCCGAUUUGUCUAGGCAUUACCUAUAGACAUUCCUAGACAACCACUUUCCAACUUCCAUAUCACCCUUCUCUUUAAGGUAAAAUCCAUCCUUGAAAGACGGCGUAUCAGACUGAGAAGCGUUCAGACGCUAUAUUUAAUUAUGUGCAUCUCCAAUUCAACUAUUAGAAUUUAUUAUUGCUAGGCUACAAACUAUUAGAUAUCCCGAGCACUCCAAUAGGCCUGGCUCUAUAUUUUCAUUUGAUAUAAAAGGAGCUGUAACUUUUAAGCUCCUCUCUUCACGAUUAAAAAGCUCUGAAGACUGACUAUUUUGUAUAGAAGAAGAGCUUGGAACCUUAGAAACUUCUUCUAUUCUAUUUUUUCAAAUUGAUUGGAAUAAAAGACCCUCAACCGAAAGCAUAGCAACCAUUUUACGAUAUAUUCCUUUGGAGAUUCAGCAUCGCAGGGUUUAUAGCUUGAAAAGUUUUAUUGCCUUUAAUGGCUGCUUUUAUUAUUCAUUUGUUCGAAUUAAUGAUAAGUGGAUAUUAUUUGAGGAAUUUGGCUAUAAGAAAAACCUUAUCCUCCUUUAAAUUGUAACCAAAAAAAAUUCAAUUUAAUGAUUUAAAUGUCAACAUAGCUUGAAUGGCACGCUAAUUGUGCUAAAAUUUCAAAAAUGAAAAUUAUAGGUAAAAUUUUUAUUUUGACUCCAUCAAAGCAUUUAUAAAAUUAUAAUUUUGUUCUAAUUUAAAGGAAUACUAAUUUACCCAAAAUGGGAAAUUCAUCCAAUGAUAAUCUCCAAAAAAAGAGGGAGAGUUAGAUGACUAGAAGUAGCAUGAAUUUUGGCUAAUAGAAUUAUGUAUCCUAUAUUAGUGAUCUAUGAGAAAAAUGAGAAUUACAAAGAAAUUAAUAAAAAUAUGACAGAAAUUGAUUGAGAUAAACUGAAAAGAUACUCUAAAUUCGCUGGAGAACAAGUUGAAAGUGAUACUAGAUUAUGAAUUGAGAGAAUUAAUCGUGAAAAAUCUUUUAAAUCAUAUAUUGAUGAGAGAAGCAAUUUGAGCGAAAGUAAAUCUGAGUUUAGAUGCAAGCAAUGUCUGAAUUUAAUAAAGCAUAAUGAAUAUAGAUGCUCGGAAUGCAGAGCAGUUGACUGGAACAAAUUUUAUGAAAUUAAAAAUAAAGAAAAAAAUAUAAAUUUACCAAAUAAGAGCGUUGAUAACUUUCCGUAUAGAAAUAGAUCAGUAGAAGGAUUUGAAGAGAAAGAAUCUUUAGAUUUUAAGGAAAAUAAAGAAGCGUUUCCAAAUAGAAAAAUAAUAGAUGAAAGAGAUAAUUUAUUCUCUAAAUUUAUUCCGGAAAAGCAAACAAAUAGUGUAAAAUCUGAAUAUAUAAGGUCGAAAAAUGGAAAAUAUUCCUGAACUUCCUUAAACUUAAAUUGCUUAUAUGGAGUUCCCCUGUAGGGCCGCAGAUCACUAUUAGCCUUUGGAUAACGCUUCAACAUUGUUUUCCAGUCCAUAUACUUUCCAAUUUUAGCGAGCCAUCUCCCAUGAUGUGAACAUACUGUCGGCCACCCAAUAUUGCUCCACCAAACCAAGUAAAGCACACCCUUAUAUACAUUUCUGAACGCUGCCCUGGACAAACCCGGCUGGGUCUAUCCGGAUCUAUUGGGAUUAUUGAGUCUAUCUGGCAGUCUGGCUCUAUCUGGAAGUCUGGCAGUCUGGGUCUAUUGGUUUUAUCUGGGUCUAUUGGGUCUAUUUGGGUCUAUUGGGUCUAUCUGGCAGUCUGGAAGUCUGUCAGUCCGGCUCUAUUGGGUCUAUCUGGCAGUCUGGAAGUCUGGGUCUAUCUGGGUCUAUUGGGUCUAUCUGGAAGUCUGGCUCUAUCUGGCAGUCUGGCAGUCUGGCAGUCUGGCAGUCUGGCAGUCUGGCAGUCUGGCAGUCUGGCAGUCUGGCAGUCUGGCAGUCUGGCAGUCUGGAAGUCUGGAAGUCUGGGUCUAUCUGGCAGUCUGGGUCUAUCUGGCAGUCUGGGUCUAUCAUACAAUUUAUAAUUGUUUUAUAUACUUUGAUAAAUCUUUCUAAAUUAAGUAUAUAUAAGAUUUGAUUAGGAAUAACUUAUAGCUAGUCUAAAAUUCUUAAUAAUGAUAUUUAGCAGAAUCUGAUUACAAUGAGCUAGUUUAUUAUAAACAAUUUUUAAAAUCAGAUAAAAUUAAAAGGCAAUAAUAAUAAAAUUUAAUCAGUAAUUUUUGAAAUAUAAGCUGAUAUUGUAAAGUGUAAUUAAAAUGGCGCCAAAAAAGAAAGCUGUACUGAAGCGAAAGAUAAAAGUAAUAAUAAUGUUAAUGCUAAUGUUAAUGUUAUGCUGAAUGUUUAAAGUCUCUACUUCCAGUGCGUGUUGGCACAAGCGAAUUGGGUGGACUUCCACCUCUGGUAGGCCGAAACCCCUGGUUUCUCGGUAGUGGGUUGCCCUAUUUGUGUCGGCAGACCCUUGCUGGGCACCACCAUUUCCAACUCAGUCCCUUCGCCCUUCGAAGCCAACUGUUCCUACCCUGGCCGGUGUCGCCACACUUAAGGGCCCUUUAACCGGAGGGACCGCCUGAUUGUGAGUAUAGCCUGCCUCCCCUUUUAGCAGGUUAUCCCUGAGUAAAAACUCAACUACUUCCGUGAUUCUAAGCAAAGCCAUCAAGAGCAGCCUGAGCAGGGAAAAUCACCCUGCUCCAGAUCGAGCGCCCACUGGCUAGGGUGCUACUGGAAAAAAGGAUUCAUGAUUAACUGCCCAUGGAUCAGGCCACAAAUCAGCGGGUCUGUGUGCUCGCUCAUCGCCUCUGAGCUCCCGAUACUGUUGGGCUAAAAUCAAUUCUCCUGAAAACCAUGCCCGGAUAUACAUGGGUUACCGUCACACGAGAGGACGUGCCGGAUGUCAUACGCCAUUUCAUGUAUAUGAAAGAUAAAAGUAAAUGAUGCAUUUUUCUCUAGGUGAAUUUCUAAAAAAAACCAUAAAACAGCGCUGCUCUAGGCGUGUCAAUGACCUUCUCAUCGAGAUUUUGACGGCUAUUGUCAUCGCUCGCCAUUUUAUUAAACUUAUCUAGCUAAAAAGUACGGGAAAAAUUAAGAUGCGCCCAUAUUGGUGAUGUAGUCACCAAAGACCUCCCGUACAGAAGGUUCUACCGCUUUUCGAUUCCAGCCCAGAGGGUCUAUCCAUCUUACGAGUGCCCUUCCGGUACCUUCUGCCUUGCAGCUUCAGUCUUGAGUGGGCGGCUUAUCGAUUUCUACAGUCCUGCUACGGGCGAUUGGAGUAGCUUGAUUCCAAGGAUCCUUGGAGUCUAUUCAGUAUUAAAGUGCCUCUCUUCGACAGCUACAGGAAAAAUACUGUUCCCAUGUGGCCUGGGCCGAUACCCCCAGUUUCUCGGUAGAGGAAUGUCCAUGGGUCCCUCGGAUCCAAAGGAAGUUGUUGAACACCUCCAUUCCAAUCACAGGAAAGCAGCCAAAACCUACCCGGAUACACACUUCUUGAGCCUGCGUCUGAUUCUCGGCUCGGAGUUAGUCCAAGCUCGCCGUAACCAUAAGGUCUGGACUACUGCGCCAAGAGGGCAGGUUGGCAAGUGUCGCCAUUUUAAUGUAUAUAAUUUGUUGCAAGAGACAUGAAAAUUUUCAUUUUUUUUAUAUAAAAUUUUAUAUUAAAAAAUUGCAUUUUUGUUGCAAUAGACAUGAAGAUUGAGGGGGUGAGAUCGUUAUAUAUUUUUAUUUUAUUAAAUUUUAUUUAUUAUUAAUACAACUCCUUUACAAUCUUUGCUAAAACUAUAAGACUAUAAUUAGAAUUCUUAUUUUGAUAGACCCAGACUGCCAGAUAGACCCAGACUGCCAAAUUCCGAGACUGCCAGAUAGACCCGAUAAUCCCAAUAGACCCAAUAGACCCAAACUGCCAGAUAGACCCAAUAGACCCAGAUAGACCCAGACUUCCAUACUUCCAGACUGCCAGAUAGACCCAAUAGAUCCAGACUUCCAGACUGCCAGAUAGACCCAAUAGACCCAAACUUCCAGACUUCCAGACUGCCAGACUGCCAGAUAGACCCAGACUGCCAGACUUCCAGAUAGAGCCAGACUUCCAAACUGCCAGACUUCCAGAUAGACCCAAUAGACCCAGACUGCCAGACUUCCAGAUAGAGCCAGACUGCCAGAUAGACCCAAUAAUCCCAAUAGACCCAGAUAGACCCAGCCGGGUUUGUCCACUGCCCUUCCUUUUACAAGGCUCAUGGCUUUCGCAACGAACAUACCAUUACAAGUGUUAAGAUGGCAGGCUGGUUCGAGGCACCAUUUAAUGUAUAUCUAUUCUGAACUUCAACUUCAAACAGUAUUGAUGAUUCUAAUCAAAUCCCAAGAAAAAUUCAGCCAUUAAGGUCGAAGCUCACUUGAACAUGCAACUCCUGCAACUUUCAAAAUUCUCUCAAGUUAUUCAUUUGCUCAGUUUGUCAAAAGCCCCGAUCUCCUGAAGCCCAUCAAGAAAUCUUAACCUUGACUUCAUAA